AUGGGUUUUAAAAGCAUUGUUAUUAUUGUGACCAUUGCUGUCUAUGGGAUAAAUGCCCAAAACCCUUGUUCGUUGGAUGAUUUCGACUGUAUAAGAGAACACUUCGCUGCAAACUCGCAAUGCGACCCACUUACGGCUUUCCCGCACAUUCCGGACUCAUUCUCCGCAGCCAACUUGCGAUUUAAAGCUCCCUACUUCAACCUGAGCCACAUCGAUCAGUCCGUCACCAUCACAGGACUGGAGAACUGUGCCAUUUCUGUAUUGCUAGCCAACGAGAGUUCUCGCGUCACCAAGCUGACCUUCGACUGUCCCAACUUACACGUGGAGGCUGCUAGAGCCUUCAUCAUCCACAACGUCGACAAUCCUGACGAGCGACAUUACUACAUGAGGGUCGCUGCUGACUACGAGAGCGUCCAGCUGUCACAGUCCAUCCGCAACUCGAACAACCUGAACAUCUGCCAAGGAGAAGCCACAGCCUUCACGAGCUUGCCUACCAUACUGGCACAGGGAUAUGACAGACCGUCGAUCGCCUUCAUAAGUCGGGAUGAUUUGGGCAACUUCGGUCCAGACCUGGACGUUUGGUCGAGGGAGUGCUGGGCGGCGCGGGCCACUUCAGUCUUCCGAUUCCUUGUCAACAACAGGAUUUGUGACUUCAACUGUUGAUGACAUAA